AUGGGUAACUCGUCCAACCCUGCUCACAAGGCCGGCGUGCCUCGAUCUGGUCUCGUCUGGGGUGUCAACCGCGGCCACCAGACCGAGCGCCGAGUCCUCGCUCCCCGCCCCUCGAACCGCAAGGGCCGCGAGGGUGAGCGCGUCAAGGUGAUCCGCUCCGUCAUCCGCGAGGUCGCCGGCUUCGCUCCUUACGAGCGUCGUGCCAUGGAGCUCAUCCGUAACUCCAAGGACAAGCGUGCACGCAAGUUCAUCAAGCGCCGCGUAGGAACCCUGCGCCGUGCCAAGAACAAGAUGGAGAGCCUCACCAACGUCAUUGCCGAGCAGCGCCGUGCCGGUCACUAA